AUGACCGUCUAUAUAUUAUUAAUUCUACUACUACUAUUAUACCAGCAUACGAACAUUCAAGCAGGAAAUUCUGCUGUUUGUUUUUUAACACGUAGACUAACAUCUGCAACACUUGGAUUUGCACAAGAAUUGGCUCAAGAUGCAAUAGAAUAUGAUGUUGAUGUAUUUAUUAUGAUUGACGAUAAUAGUUUUAAUGUAUCUGCUAGAAAUAUUUCAUCUAAUGUUCGAUUAAUUCAAAUUUCAAAUCAAGAAUGUAUUUAUUAUGGUUAUCAAAAUACAAUUAGUUUAGGAUCUAAAUGGCGACAAAUUACAUCAUGGGAUAAAGCACUUUUCUAUUUUACUUUAUUCAAUAAUAACUAUACAUUUGUUUGGUUAGUUGAAGAUGAUGUUUUUAUUCCAAGUGUACAAGCAUUUCGUUCAUUACAUCAACUUUAUUCGAAUACUAGUGAUCUUAUUGUUCAACGUAAUCAUAUUAAUUUAUUAGGUAACACAUCAACUUGGGUUUGGCGACUGGCAUUCAGAAAACUUAUCCCACCUUGGUAUCGUUCAAUGGUGAAUGUAGUAGGAUUAAGUCAACGAAUGUUAAUAGCUAUUGGUGAUUAUGUUCGUUGGUUAGGUGAAGUACCAUAUCAUGAAUUUUUCUUCCAUACAUUGGCUAUGCAUUUAAACAUGACUAUAGUUACACCAACUGAAUUAAGUACUCUUGUUUUUCGAACAUCUUAUUCUUUUCAAAAUAUAUCCAAAAAACCUAAUAAUCUAUGGCAUCCUGUUAAAAACCGUACCACACAUAAAUUAUGGCGUAAAAUAUUGGCUAAUGAAAGUUUAAAAAAUAAUAAUACCAUUGAAUUGAUUGAUGUCGAAAUGUUAUGUCAUAAGAAUCAAAGUAUGAGAAAUAUCGCACGAUAUUUAAUAAAUUUACUUCGAAAAUUUGAAAGAAAUAAAAGUCAAUUUUCAUCAACUAUUCGUAUUUCAUUACGUCAACGUUUCUCCAAUCUUAUUGAACAAUGUCAAAAACAACAUGCUCCUAAACUAAUUAUAUUAUUAAUAAUGAAACUUGCUGAUCAUGCUUAUAAGUUACCUGAACCUCCAGUGAAAAAAUUAAUAACAAAAAGCCAACAUCAUUUAAGAUUAGAAGCAGCAUUGGAACAAAAUAAAAAAACUAUUUUUCAAUUACUAUCAAAUUCUUCAAAUGUAAUUGAACUCAGAAAGCAAACGAAUCAUUUAAUAAGAGAAUUAACAUUGGAAAUAAGACUAGAAUUCCAAAAACAGCAAAAAUUUCAAUAUUACACUAAAUCAUCAUCACCAUCUUCUAUUACUACUUCUCGCACAAUUAGUUCGUCUCGUGUAAUUUUUUCUACUAAAAUGAUAACUGUGAAGAUGAAUAACAGACUUUAUGUAUCAUCGAUACAAAAUAUUAAUCAAACAGUUAAUUCUAUUGAUUAUAAUACGACAACAUUGAUUUUAAUACUUAGUUUUUGUGUAUUAUUUGUUUUAUUUCGAUUGAGAAAAGUACAACGUAAGACACGUUUUAUAAUUAUUUUCAUCUUUUUAUUGUUCUUUGUUUUUUUUAUUAAUAUAUUUUUUAAUCUUAUAUUCUUAUGGAAUUUUCAUGGACAAUAA